AUGUUGAAUGAAAACACAGAAGAAAAGAUAGAGACAGACGAAGAAAUAGAGACGUAUAUAUUACAUGAAGAAACAUGGCAGAUAGUAAAAAAGAAUCCCAAAAAAUCACGUGUAAGUCUUGUAAGUUCCGCAGUUACACAAAAUGAUUCUCCAUCGACAUCAACUGAAAAUGACAGUAGAAAUGAAUUGGUAGUGCCAUUAUCGUUAUCAUAUGUUCCAAAUAGUCUAAAAGCAAUUUGUAUUGAUAUGAUCAAUAAUUACAUACAUUCAUUAGUCCAAGAUAUUGGUUCGGAAUCGCCAGAUCUAUGCAUUUUUGGUGAAAAUUUGAGAAGUUGCGAAGAAAAUUUAUCGUUUAUAGCACAUGAUGAAAAAGAUUUAUCUGUUUGUUUACAAACACAAAAUCUACUUUGGAAAAUUUCUCCAAGUGGGGUAAAAUUGACUGCAAACAGUUCUCCUAAAAAUUAG